AUGACUUGGCCCGAUGUUCCUGUCAAGCCCGCCGAGGGCAUCUCUUACUUCACUCCUGCCCAGGAGCCUGCAGCUGGCACUGCUCGCAACCCUCAGACCAGCGGCAAGGCCAUUCCGAAACUGUUCCAGCCCCUGACUAUCCGAGGCAAGACCUUCCAAAACCGUCUGGGUGUCGCUCCCAUGUGCCAAUACAGUGCCGACAACGGCCACAUGACCGCCUGGCACUUGGCUCACUACGGUGGAAUUGCCAUGCGUGGUCCAGGAAUGAUCAUUAUUGAAGCCACCGCCGUUGUUCCGGAAGGCCGUAUCACUCCCGGCUGUGUGGGUCUGUGGCAAGACUCCCAGAUCAAGCCUCUGAAGGACGUGGUCGAAUUUGCCCACAGCCAGAACCAGAAGAUUGGUAUCCAGCUCGGUCACGCAGGUCGCAAGGCCUCGACCGUUGCCCCCUGGGUGGGCGGUGUCACUGCUACUAACGCUGUCGGUGGCUGGGUCGAGAACGUCAAGGGCCCCAGUGCGAUCCCCUUCUACGAGGGUGCUAUUAUCCCCAAGGCUAUGACCCUGGAGGAUAUCCAGGAGGUCAAGGAUGCUUGGGUUGCCGCCGUCAAGCGUGCUAUCGCUGCCGGUGUGGACUUCAUUGAAAUUCAUGGUGCCCACGGUUACCUUAUUUCUUCCUUCCUGAGCUCCUCCUCGAACACUCGUACCGACCAGUACGGUGGCAGCUUCGAGAACCGCAUUCGUUUGGCUCUUGAGAUCGCCCAGCUGACCCGUGACAAUGUCGGCGAGAACAUGCCCGUAUUCCUGCGUGUCUCGGCUACCGACUGGCUGGAGAGCACUCCUGAGGAGCAGGGCUGGAGCUUGGAGGACACUGUCGAGUUCGCCAAGGCUCUCGCUGCUCAGGGUGCCGUUGACCUGAUCGAUAUCAGUACCGGUGGUGUGCACAUGGCGCAGAAGAUCAACGGUAAAGGUGCCUUCCAGGUUCCCCACGCUGCCGCGGUCAAGAAGGCCGUUGGUGAUAAGCUGCUUGUUUCGGCUGUUGGCAGCAUUAACAAUGGUAACCUUGCCGAAAAGAUCCUGAACGACGAGAACAUUGAUUUGAUCCUGGUUGGCCGUGCUUUCCAGCGUGACAGUGGUUUAGCAUGGGCCUUUGCUAAGGAUCUGGAUGUGGAGAUUGCUAUGGCUGGACAGAUCCGUUGGGGAUUCAACAGCUUCCGCAAUGCGUCGGAGUACAUCCAGCCUAACUCUGUGAAGGCAUCGAUCUUUGAUUAG